CACCUGGCGGCCCCCGGCUCCCCGCCCCGACGCCCAGCGCCGCGCCGGGAGCCGCAGCGGGAGCGGGAGCCCCGGGGACCGCGGCGCGGGAGCCGGCACCCACCGCUGGAGGGGCGGCGGCGGCGGCGGCGGCCGGAGCAGCGUCGGGAGGCGAGCGGAGGCGCCAUGGCCGAGUUCCCGUCCAAAGUGAGCACGCGGACCAGCAGCCCCGCGCAGGGCGCCGGCGCCUCCGUCUCGGCGCUGCGCCCGGACCUGGGCUUCGUGCGCUCCAGCCUCGGCGCGCUCAUGCUGCUGCAGCUGGUGCUGGGGCUGCUGGUGUGGGCCCUGAUCGCCGACACCCCGCACUACGUGUACCCAGCCUACGGCUGGGUGAUGUUCGUCGCUGUCUUCCUCUGGCUGGUGACAAUCAUCUUCUUCGUCCUCUACCUGUUUCAGCUGCACAUGAAGCUGUACAUGGUGCCCUGGCCGCUGGUGUUAAUGAUCUUUAAUGUUGGCGCCACCGUCCUCUACAUCACGGCCUUCAUCACCUGCUCCGCGUCAGUCGAGCUGACGUCCCUGAAGGGCACGCGACCUUACAACCAGCGCGCGGCCGCCUCGUUCUUUGCGUGUCUAGUGAUGAUUGCCUACGGCGUGAGCGCCUUCUUCAGUUUCCAAGCCUGGCGAGGAGUGGGCAGCAACGCGGCCACCAGUCAGAUGGCUGGCGGCUAUGCCUAAACCACCUGUGCCGUGGCCCGCCCUGGGGCUGAAGCUGUUGCCGGGUCACAGUGCAGGGUCACUCCGCAAGCCCGAGGCCGGGGAACCCCGUGUGGAGUCAGCCCGGCAGGGACCAUACUUUGUCCCCUCGGCUCGUCAGACUCAAGCUCUCACAGCGCUCCUAAGGAAACAGGCCCAAGUUGGCACACGGAUGGGCUGCCAAGAGGCCAACGCCUGAGACCUCGUCCCCAUCCCCCUUAUUCAGUGGAAGGUGACGGGGGAUCCGGGGCCACUGUCUCUGCCUUGUCUUCUAGGACUUCAGCAUCCGAGGCUGGGGCCCGCCCUUCUCAGCAGCACUAAAUGCACUAACAAAGACUGCAGCCCCGCAGCCCGACCUGCCGUAGCGUAAGCCUAACAAGCAGCACGUAUCAUCUUAGUCUCUGUUCCAGAAGAGCUCUGCAAGCUGCGAAACCAUUCCUGUUCCUUAGAACGCAGCUCCAACCCGAACCUGCCCGAGCCACGUCACUCGUAGGAAGAGGGCUAGGAUUUUUGACCGCGCGGUCUUCCUUCCCUGCACUGCAGACCUACCGGUUACUUAAAGCAAAUCAGGUGUAAGUGGCUUCUCAAUGAUGCAAGACCCAUCCAGGUUUCCUUCCUUUCCUCAGCCCGUCUUUCUAAUUCUCCCUUUGGGGGAAGCUAACAGCCACGCCGACUGCUGCCCUGCCACUGUUGAUUAGGCUCAUGGGACAUGCAGGAGGGAGGGAAUCAAGACCUUGCCGGGUAAGUUGUCAUGUGUUGGUAGUGACAUUGUUGUUUGUUUCUUUUCUUUUUUUACAAAAAUAAAGAUGGAAGAACUUAUUUGGAAAA